CCAAUAUGGGUGCGCCCAUGAAGUAGAUAUGUUUCAACGUAUUUUAAAACGUUGGAGUCAGUACAAAUACAGAUUUGUUCCUUGGAUUGCGAAUAAUUUGAACGAAAAUCAUCCGAGGCUUGUGCCAUCAGUUUUGGAAGACAAGGUUGUAUCUGAUGAUGUUAUAGAGCACACCCUGUUGACAGUUUUUCAAAAGUUUAACUCCACAAGCAGUCUGCACCGAACAGAGCAAAAUGUCAGGAAUGUGGACAUCUUGUUUAAAGAACUAGGAUACAAGACUGAUCGUAGAAAGAGCUGCCUGUCAGAUGGAGGCAGGGGAGUGUUUGUGACGGAUGGAACUGUUAAACCUGGCACUUUAGUGUCACUUUAUCCAGGUUUGGUGUACCAACCGUGGGAACCUGUUUUCUGGGUGAGUUUGGCAAACCCAUUCCUAUUUCGCUGUGCUGAUGGUGUGCAUAUAGACGGCAAGGAUACGGGAUUGUCAAAGAUGAUGUACAAUUCCUGUGCCAGACGUGACGGUGUGAUGGGUGAACUUAUGUGUGACACAAGCUGGCUGGUAGAGAAACCAGUCAAUCCACUAGCAGUCGGACAGUAUGUUAACAACCAGACUGAAGAGUUCCCAGCCAAUGUGGCUUAUCAGGAGUUCGAUGUUCCUGUCUCAUUCCCAGUUCACCUCAGGAAAUACUUCCCCAACACAGAGGCCAGACUUCAGACAGAUAUGGACCAGCAGCUUGGUCAGAUGCUGCUGCGACUGGUUGUGCUGGUUUCCCUGAGGGAGGUCCAAGCUGGGGAGGAGCUGUUCUCCACAUAUUACACCAUUGUCAGCAGUAAUCAGUAGACACCAUGUGACCCAUUAACAUUGUGUAUGUGUACAGGCACCGAGUUGACCUCGUUAUUGUUGUCCCAGCCAUUAUUGUGCCAGGGAUGCUAAAACUGUUGAAGAGAAUGUCUGACCGAGCUUUUAACAGAGCUGCUCUGGGCAGACAUGAUGCAGUAAUAGAGCGGAGGACUUUCAGGAGGACUUUCAUGGACGGUGGAUUUUGUCGCUUAAAAACUGAUCAAGGGAAUAAGAAACACGUCACCAUUAUGAUAAUCCUCCAAUCAUCAUCUUUAUGCAAAACAUUGAAUGCUUCAUCAUAGUAAAUUAAACCCAGAAACAUCCUCAUAAUGCUCAUUACUUUCGUCGUCAGCGGACAGGCAAAGUUAUAACUUCACCUCUUCGACCGUGUCCAAAUGUUCGUUAAAGAGAUUCAUUUUUACUUCGGCACAAUGCAAGGCCGUUUCGCUCAGCGAGGACCAAGUGCUAUAUUUGAGCAAAUUGGUACUACUGAAAAUAAGAUAAUGGUAGCUGUUAGCCUCGUAAACUUAAAGUAAUUACCCGACCGCCACUGUUCAUCAAAUUAUCGUACAAUAACUUCAUCUAAAUAAAACAAUCGCUGUGCAUAGUUGUACCCAAUAAUAGGUUGGAUCGCUGAUCUCUGGAUUUUUGAAGAUAGAAUUACGAGUUGGAGGCCCGUUAUGGACAUUGGUUGUCGAUAAGGUUGGCGCAUGCAAGAGAGAUACUGCUGAUAACGGAAUAACGAUAAAGCCAUACAAUUACAGCUUUAAGCAAUGCAUGAUCAAUUAAACGCAAAAAAUGAAUUUUGUCAUUUGUAUUGUGUCGAAAGCAAGCAUAACGCUUCCACAUAUUGAAAUAGAUUUAAAGGAAAUUAAAAUGCAUUUGGAAGGCAUUCUGACCAGCCAGGCAGCUGAAAACCUCACAUUGUACCAGAUCAAGAAGUGAACAUUGUUUUCAUAGAUACAGCUAACUGUUCAGUCAAUACAUGAAUACGGACGCUCCUUUAGUGCUCAUACGGUUUCUUCCUAUACAUAGCAGCUUAUAUAGGUGCUGCUGGAGUUUGUAAAGCAAAUAACAGGGUUGUUUUGGAUGCCACAGGACUUGGUGAUGGAUGAUACAAACAUGCUCACAGUGUCCAUC